CCACACACACACACUCUCUCUCUCUCUCUCUCAUUUAAGCGCCCACGGGCAAAUAACACACGUCCAGUCAAGCUCUCUUGCAUUAUUGUUGGCCUUCUUGAGAAGAAGAAGAAGAAGAAGCAGCAGCAGAAAGGAGAAAGGAGACGAUGGCUCUGCUCCAUCUCUCGCUGCUCGCGGUGUUUCUGAUGCUGCCCAUAUGCCCAGGCAAUGCCCAGUGGCCGCCGUCGCCGGGGUACUGGCCGAGCUCGCGGUUCAGGUCCAUGAGCUUCUACCAGGGGUUCAAGAACCUCUGGGGCGCUCAGCACCAGAGGGUUGACCAGAGCGCGUUGACCAUCUGGCUUGACAGCACCUCAGGAAGCGGGUUCAAGUCGGUCAAGCCGUUCCGGUCCGGGUACUUCGGCGCGUCCAUCAAGCUCCAACCGGGUUACACCGCCGGGGUCAUAACUUCAUUCUAUCUUUCGAACGGCGAGGCUCAUCCGGGGUUUCACGAUGAGGUGGACAUAGAGUUCCUGGGAACCACGUUCGGGAAGCCCUACACAUUGCAGACCAAUGUGUACAUCCGAGGGAGCGGCGACGGCAAGAUCAUCGGCAGAGAGAUGAAAUUCCAUCUCUGGUUCGAUCCCACCAAAGACUUCCAUCACUACGCCAUCCUUUGGAGACCCAACGAGCUCAUAUUCCUCGUGGACGAUAUACCCAUAAGGAGGUACCCGAGGAAGAGCACGGCGACCUUCCCGAUGAGGCCGAUGUGGCUGUAUGGGUCCAUAUGGGACGCCUCAUCGUGGGCCACGGAGGACGGCAAGUACAAGGCCGACUACCGGUACCAGCCCUUCAUCGCGCGGUACGCCAAUUUCAAGGCCAGCGGCUGCUCUGCCUACUCACCAGCUUGGUGCCGCCCCGUCUCCGCCUCGCCCUACCGCUCAGGCGGCCUCACCGGGCAGCAGUACCGCACGAUGAGAUGGGUGCAAGCUCACCACAUGGUCUAUGACUACUGCCGAGACUCGACAAGGGACCAUUCGCUCACGCCCGAGUGCUGGGGUUGAGAAAGGAGGAUUCGUUCCCCACCAAGAUUCUAACAAAAGCCAUAAAGCUCAAGCACAGAGCCAAUUCAUAUGAUUUCACUCUUCACAUGUGUCGAUUUCUAUUGGGAUUUUGGAAUUUUCUUUUUCUUUUUCUUUUUCUUUUUUUCAUUUGAGGUCAAGAGGAGGGGUGUCUUGAGAUGUGUUUCCCCCACCUUGCUACGAAGACAUUUUGAGCAAGGGGGUUUGUUGAGACUCAAGCGUCCAAGGCUCCCAAAUCGAAGGGCCAAAAAAAAAAAAAAAAGGUGUGAACAAGAAAUUGUGUGAAUAUUGAUAAUAAGAUUUUUCUUUCGGCUCGAGGUA